GGUCAGUCAGUGUAUAGCCUUUCGUAGUAUUGUUUUAAUUUGUAUUGUUAUAGCUUAAGCAGUCGGUGCUUAGCUAAAUCUUGGUUUUUAACAGUUAAACGCAGUAUAUAUAAAAUCAUUUUAGUGGAAUCUGUGCUGUUAACCCGGAGUUUUAUAACAAUUCAAGAUGGAGGCUCUCUCAAACGUCCUGCAGCCGUACAAGGAGAUCGUCGGCACGAUCGCGGCCGUGGUCACCAUGGGGCAGAUGUUCUCUGGCUCUUUCAUGUGCUGGGACAUCUACAAGCAGCGGGACACUAAGGGCGUGCCACUUCUGUGCUUCGCCGGUGGUCUAGUCAUGGGAGUACUGAACUUGCAGUAUGGCUUCAUUCUGCGCGACGACACGAUGAUCCGAGUCAACUUCUUCGGCAUAGCGCUGAGCAUCGUCUACUUGUCUAUCUACUUCUGCUACACGAAAGAAAAGGUUAAAGCGUGGUUCGAGCUCGGUCUGUGGGGCGCGUUCACCGCUGGAGUAAUCAGCUACGUACAAAUGGCUGAUCCCGCCGUCGUUGAGAACCGACUCGGGACAAUCCUGACUGCUUUCAUGUUCUACCUGAUCGCGUCACCGCUUUUCGGGCUGAAACAAAUCAUCGCCAACCAGAGCACAGAGGGUCUACCUUUCCCUAUGAUCCUCUCUGGUACCGUGGUCACCUUCAUGUGGUUGCUGUACGGCAUCAUCCUCAAGAACAACUUCCUCGUCCUCCAAAACUCAGUAGCGUUGGCGCUGAGCUCGGCACAGCUGGCCCUCUUCGUGAUCUACCCUACGAAGCCCAAAGCGGCCGCCAAGGCCAAGGCGAAGAAAGCCGACUAAACUAGUAAAUUGUAUUAUGUUAAGCAAAUAUACACCUUAUUUCUAUAGUUUCUUGGUCGAAAGUGCAACGCUGUGAUGUGAGUUUAGAAAGGAAACAUAAAUAGAAAGACUUAAGAAACUAAAAUAGAACAUGUCAAGCAAAAAUACACCCUACUACGUUAGCGUCUUAGUUGAAAAUGAAAUAAACGGUGUGAUAUUGGACUAAGGAAAUUAAUGUAGAUCAUGUCAAGCAGAAAUACACCUUGCUUAUAUAGCUUCUAAGUUGAAAGUGCAACAAUCGGUGUAAAAUAAAACGAUGUGAUAAUGGAGUAAGGAAAUUAUGUUGAACAUGUCAAGCAAAAAUACACCUAACUUCCAUAGCUUCUUAGUUAAAAAUGCAUGUUUAUUCAGGAAACUAAAUGGCGUGGCUAAUUUUAGCAAGCUGAAUACAAAACACAUGUGGAAAUGUAAUUAGCAUUGUAAAGUCAUAGUAAUUAGACAGCUCAUUUGUGACGUCCCACGGGUAAAGGUUCCUUAUGGCGGUUGGCGCUUACGCUAUUAUUAACGUCGCUCCAAUAUUAUUGCGGCGCUAUGCGUCGUGAGCGCCAGCCGCCAUAAGGUACGAUUGGUCGUGGAACGUCAUAUUUAAUGUUAACAUUUAAUGUUAGCCAUGUCUAUUUUCUAAAGAAAGCCUUAUAAGUAGAUUUUUAAUAGUUUAAGUAUGAGUGCUAGGCAGCAUAUUUUUUAAAUGUAUUUAAAAAAAUGAUAUAGUUUUUAAUGAAUAAUGCAUUUCAGUUUUAACGUAAAACAAAUGGGUUUUAACAAAUCUAGGGAGUUCAUACUUUAUAUAAUUUUGGAAGAAUGUUACAGAUGAAAAUAUGUAUUUUUGCGUAGUGUUGUUUACAUAAAAUCAAGUAACUAACUAACUAACUAUUUUGGUUCAGCGAUCCAAAGAGAAUCUUGGCCUCCGAAACGAGAGCGUGCCACCUGUUCCGAUCCUGCGCAACUUCCUGCCAGUUACUGACGCGAAGCUGAAGCAGAUCCGCCGCCACACUGUCUUCCCAGCGAUACCUGGGCCGACCCACUGGACGGCUACCAGUCGGUCGUCCCAAGAACGCCUUCUUGACAGCCCGAUCCUCUCCCAUUCUGAGUAGGUGACCGAACCAGCGAAGUCUGUGCGCUUUCGUUUCGCCGAUGAUAUUGGGUUCGGCCACCAACUCCUCGAUCUCGGCAUUUUUCCGGAUCCUCCAGGUGCCGUCAUCUCUCUGAAUAGGUCCCAGGAUCUUGCGAAAAACUUUUCUCUCUGCUACCAGGAGCUGACUUUCUUCUUUUAGUGUUAGGGACCAAGCCUCACAGCCAUA